GUCAUCCUAACUUGCAAAAGCCCUAUCAACGGAGGGCCCUGUUGACGAUGGAAGUUCAGGUCUCAAAGCCGCCGAGGUUCAGUUAUCAGCUAUUGCCCGUCCGUUUUGGUGCCCCUGCCGAGUCGCCGUCCGCAGCUGGAUCCGACACUGAUAAGGCCUUCCGGACGACGAAGCAGAAGCCAUGCUGACGGAGGCGCUGCUGGGCAUCCUGCUGGUGGUGCUGCUGUUCGUCCUCGCCAACAGGAAGCCGCCGAACCUCCCGCCAGGCAAGUGGGGAUGGCCUGUGAUUGGCUGCCUUCCCUCCGACGACGUGUCUCUCGGUGAGCAGGUCAUGGAGCUCAGGAAGGAACACGGGGAUAUCAUUUCAUGGCGCAUGGCUAGUCGAAUCUUCAUUUUCUUCUGCGACCCGAAGAUCAUCAAGACCGCUUUCUCCAAGUUGGAAUUCUCCGACAGACCCGACUUCUACAGCUUCGAUGUUUUCUCCAAUUUCAUUAAAGCUGGUCUCACCAACAUCAACGGGAAACUAUGGGUAAACAACAGAACCUUUGCCCUUCGCCACCUGAAGCAGCUGGGCAUGGGGAAGUCCUCCUUAGAAGAAGCAGUUCACUACGAAGCAGCGUGCAUGGUGGAGGACUUCAAGAAACACACGAACAAAACGGGACGCCUGCCGUGGUCCCUGAACGUGGCGAUCCUCAACGUCAUCUGGAAAAUGAGUGCCAACCAGCGUUUCGCCGUGGACGAUCCUGAGAUCCAGAGGUUCAGCCGGAUCAUCAGGUCCCUCUUCGACGACUUCCAGGGCCCCGUGGUGUGGUUCGACCUCAUGCCCUGGCUCAUCCCCAUCGCCCCGACCUUCGUCAAGCGGUGGAUGGGCAUCGAGCAGUUGAAGGACAAGAUACAGGAGAUUUUCGAGUAUAUGGAAAAUUCCAUCAAAGAGCACCAGGCUAAGUUGGACCCACAAAACCCCAAGGAUUACAUCGACGCUUACUUGCUGGAGAUGGAGGAGCAGAAAAAUGACCCCGAGUCCACUAUGAGCCUUUUCGACCUGAAAGUCUGCAUGGCUGAUCUGUUCACGGCUGGCAGCGAGACGACCUCCGCGACCAUCCGCUGGGGGAUUUUCCUGCUGGCGAAGCACCCCGAGAUCCAGGCGAAGGUGCAGAAGGAGAUCGACUCUGUGUUUCCCAGGGACGUCCUCCCUUCCAUUCAGCAGAGAAACAGCUUGCCCUAUCUGGAAGCCACGUCCCUCGAGGUCCAUCGCUAUUCCUCGAUCGUUCGUUUGGGUUUUCUCCACUUCUGUAACAAGGACACAGAGUUCAUGGGUUACACGAUUCCAAAGGGCGCUGUGCUCUCCCAACACCAUGAGUGCUGCCACAUGGACCCCGCCUACUGGGAGAGGCCGAACGAAUUCUACCCCGAGCACUUCCUGGACGACCAAGGAAACCUCCUCACCAAGAAGGAGGGCUUCAUGCCGUUUUCUCUGGGACGCCGCCAGUGCCCAGGGGAACCACUCGUCAGGAUGGAGCUCUUCGUGUUCUUCUCCGCUCUCCUGCAGAACUUUGUCUUCUCGGUUCCUGAGGGCAAGGAGCUCCGGCUGGAGAAGAACGCGCACGAUUCCUUCCUCAACAUGCCUAAGGAUUUGGAGAUUGUUAUCACAGAGAGGCCUUGUACUGAGGAUGGCAGAGCUGGGUGUGGAGUCAUCUUCAGACAGUUCACUGAGAGUGGAGAGGUCACUACAGGCACUGGGACAGGGAGCAAUAUCGAGAGGAUACACUUAGACUAUGUCGAGGCUAGGAAGGGUGAGCGUCCUAAGCUUCAGACAUAUAGAAAUGCAGAGGCAACAGUUUUACCUGAACAGGCUCUUAUCUUCGGCACGUCGGUCUUCGCGUCAAAUUCUGAUGAAGUUAAAGACAUCAACAAAAAAAAGUGGGCGCAGCACCCAAGGCCAUCCUCCUUUAAGAGUGACAGUUUGUUUACAACAGCGGCGAGGGAGGGACGUAGGAUCGAGCACAGAAGGUCCAACUACGAUAUCACCAUGCUGACGGAGGCGCUGCUGGGCAUCCUGCUGGUGGUGCUGCUGUUCGUCUUCGCCAACAGGAAGCCGCCGAACCUCCCGCCAGGCAAGUGGGGAUGGCCUGUGAUUGGCUGCCUUCCCUCCGACGACGUGUCUCUCGGUGAGCAGGUCAUGGAGCUCAGGAAGGAACACGGGGAUAUUGUCUCAUGGCGGAUGGGCAGUCGGAUUUUCAUCUUCUUCUGUGACUACAAGCUUAUUAAAUCCGCUUUCUCGAAGAUUGAAUUCGCAGACAGACCCGAUUUCUACAGCUUCGACAUCUUUAACGAGUACACUAAAAGCGGUAUCGCCAACACGAACGGGCAGAUGUGGAUUGACAACAGAAGGUUCGCGUUGCGCCAGCUGAAGGACCUGGGCAUGGGCAAGACCCGGUUGGAGAAAGCUAUCCAGUACGAGGCCGUCUGUCUGGUCGAGGACUUCAAGAAACACACAGACCGACCGGGUCCUCCUCCUGCCUCUAUUACCGUGGCAGUCCUCAACGUCAUCUGGAAACUUGCAGCAGAUCACCGCUUCGAAGUGGAUUCGCCGGAAAUCCAUUCUUUAAUCAGGAUGAUCACUACGCUAUUUGAGGACUUCCAAGGCCCGGUGGUCUGGUUCGAUCUCAUGCCCUGGUUGAUACCCAUCGUGCCAAACUUCAUCCGGAAAAAGAUGGGCAUCGAAAACUUAGAAAAGAAUGUUCACUAUGUUCUCGAGCUGAUGGGUAAAUACGUCGAGCAACACCAGAAGACGCUGGACCCCGAGAAUCCCCGAGACUACAUCGACGCUUACCUGCUCGAGAUGGAGGCUCGGAAGGACGACCCUCAGUCAAACAUGACCAUUUUCGACCUGAAGAACUGCAUGGCUGACCUGUUCACGGCCGGCAGCGAGACCACGGCCUCGACCAUCCGCUGGGCCAUCUACUACCUGGCCAAGUACCCUGAGAUCCAGGCCAAAGUACACAAGGAGAUCGACUCUGUGGUUGACAGAGACGUCCUUCCAUCCAUACUACAGAAAAACAGUUUACCGUACCUCGAAGCCGUGACGCUGGAGAUCCACCGCCUUGCUUCUCUCCUUCGUGUCGGUCUCCUUCACAGCUGUAAUAAGGACACGCGGUUCGGUGAUUACGUAAUCCCUAAAGGUGCAAUCAUAUCGGCCUUGCACGAGGGUUGCCACUUGGACCCCGCCUACUGGGAGAAACCUUACGAUCUCUACCCCGAGCACUUCCUCGACGACAAAGGGCAGGUUCUCACCAAGAAGGAGGGUUUCUUACCGUUCUCUUUGGGGCGUCGCCAGUGCCCAGGGGAGUCGCUGGCCCGCAUGGAGCUCUUCGUCUUCCUCUCCGCCCUCCUGCAGAACUUCUCCUUCUCGGUCCCCAAGGGCAAGGAGCUCCGGCUCGAGAAGAACCCGAAGGAUUCCUUCCUCAAUCUGCCGAAGGAUUUGGAUAUUGUUAUUACCAAGCGACCGUAAAUAUUGUGUGUGUGGCUUGGUAUAAAUCCGUUUAGAACAAUGUUCCCGCUGUCUCUGUAUCGUAUUAGUUCAAUAUAAAAAUAAUAACAUUAAUAAUUAUAACCGAUCUUGCUUCUAUACCAACUGUAUCUUCAACAUUUCAACGGUAUUUUUUUAUGGCACAGUAAUUAAUAAUAAGCUUUAUAUUUGCUACGACAGAUGGAAUUAAAUAAUGCAGUACGUAUCCCAUCCAGCCUGGUCCACAUGUAAUUAAUUCCAGAUACUGUAACAGUUCAUUGUAUUUUUUCUUUCUUUCUUUCUUUUUUUAACU